AACACGUGGUACAAAACAAGACCCUACAGAGAUUUUAUCCUCGAUUUUGUCAUUCCAGCCUUAGUGAGGUCUUAUAAAUCAAUUAAAAAGAUAGCAAAAUUAUGAGAAAGAAAUGAAGACGUGGGUGGAUAGUUAUACUUUUGAUUUUCCCUGGGAGACUGUAGUACAGGCUGCAUAUCGUAAAUACCCAACACGUCACAAUACUAAUGUUAAGACGCUCGAUACAUUGGAAAGGAGGUGUGGUCAAAAUGGGAGUGGCCGAGUUUUGUUUAGUCAUCGGUUGUUUGGUACACUAUGGAAUGUACCGGCUCUUGUAAUUAAUAUAUUAGGGUUUAAUGAGAUGAUGUAUAUUCAUGAAAUGUCUGAGUGUGACACUGUUAGCAAGACACUUACCAUCUCUGCCGUUAAUGUCUCAUUAAGAAGUUUAUUUAAGAUGAGCGAAGUCCUGCAAUACAAAGUACAUCCAGAGCAUCCAUCAAAGACUAUACUACAGCAGCAUACUGUAAUGAGUGUUCAUGGUGUUCCAUUGCUAGGAGGAUUAUUAGAAACCAUGAUACUCAAUUCUUAUGAAUCUGUUAUAUCAAAGGGAAGAUUGGCAGUAGAAGAGAAAGCAAAAGAGAUAAAAAAGGAACUGUAAUUCAUUUUAUAAUUGAUUUUUAAAUUUAAUGUUUGUACUUUUACUAUUGUGAUAUACAGUGUUACAGUAUCUUACUAUAUACCUUAGUUUAUACUUUGUAUAUUCUUGAAUUCUUGACUUUCUUAUGAGUAUUAAAAUGUUUGAA